AUGCAAAUCUUCGUUAAAACUCUUACUGGAAAGACGAUUACUCUUGAGGUUGAAUCUUCAGACACCAUAAAUCAAGUAAAAGCAAAAAUCCAAGAUAAAGAAGGAAUUCCCCCAGACCAACAACGUCUUAUUUUCGCUGGUAAACAACUCGAGGAUGGUCGCACCCUCUCCGAUUACAACAUUCAGAAAGAAUCUACCCUUCAUCUUGUUCUUCGACUUCGCGGGGGUAUGCAAAUAUUCGUAAAAACACUCACCGGUAAAACAAUCACCUUGGAAGUAGAGUCUUCAGAUACUAUUGAUCAAGUCAAAGCCAAAAUCCAAGAUAAAGAAGGAAUUCCCCCAGACCAACAACGUCUUAUUUUCGCUG